AUGUUCGAUAAAUUCGAAUAUGAAGACGAAGCCUUGGACAAUGCUGAAGGUUAUUAUACAAAAGAAGCUCCCGAAGAUGAACUUUACGAAAAUUUGUGGGAAGACUACCAAAGCCUCGCUGCGUCCUUGGUGAUACCCCCUGAAUCAGGAGGAAAAAAAAAUGCCCAUGAAAGGUUGUUCAUCGAGCAAGACAUUUUUGCCCAUAGUACGAAUGACCUUGGACAAACGGACGUAAUGACCCACGACAUCGAUACUGGAACCGCUCCCUCUAUUAAACAAGCGCCGUACCGUGCCGCCCUGAGUAUUCAUGCCUUUAUUAAGAAGGAAGUAGCCUAG